CAAAUAUCAAUGAAGGACUCUUUUGAACUACUAUAAAGUGCCCUCCUGCAAUAUUAUUUGUCACAGCCAUUUGUGAGAAUUCUGUGUUGUUAUUUCAGAUCGUGUAUAAUUAAUAUCAAUUAUAAGCGAAGAUGACUAUCCUCAUUGAGAACCCUGUCCCUGUUCAACAAGUUGAGGACCAGGAAAAAUCUGUGUCAAGUGAUGGAUUUGUGGCGCCAGAGAUGAAUUCCUUUGGCCAAACAUUCAGGGAUUACAACGCAGAAAGUGAAAGGCAAAAGACUGUUGAAGAAUUUUAUCGGUUGCAGCAUAUUAACCAAACAUAUGACUUUGUUAAGAAAAUAAGGGAAGAGUACGGGAAAUUGAACAAAGUGGAAAUGAGCAUAUGGGAAUGCUGUGAACUUCUAAAUGAAGUUGUGGAUGAAAGCGAUCCUGACUUGGAUGAGCCUCAAAUUCAGCACUUGUUGCAAUCUGCUGAAGCCAUAAGAAGGGAUUAUCCUGAUGAAGAUUGGUUGCACUUGACUGCUCUCAUUCAUGAUCUGGGAAAGGUUCUUACUCUUCCUAAAUUUGGUGGGCUCCCUCAAUGGGCUGUUGUUGGAGAUACUUUCCCUCUUGGAUGCGCAUUUGACAAAGCCAAUGUUCACCACAAGUAUUUUGAGGACAACCCAGACUACAAAAAUCCUGCAUAUAAUACCAAGAAUGGAAUUUACUCGGAAGGAUGUGGAUUAGACAAUGUUAUGAUAUCGUGGGGCCAUGACGAUUACAUGUACAUGGUGGCCAAGGAGAAUGGAACGACUCUGCCUUCGGCUGGAUUGUUCAUUGUCCGAUAUCACUCCUUUUACCCUUUACACAAGGAGGGCGCAUAUACACACCUCAUGAAUGAAGAAGACAAGGAAAACUUCAAGUGGCUCCAAGUAUUCAACAAAUAUGAUCUGUACAGUAAGAGCAAAGUUCUUGUUGACGUUGAAGCAGUGAAGCCAUACUAUCAGUCCCUCAUCGACAAAUAUUUUCCUGCAAAGCUGAGAUGGUGAAGCUCUCGCAGCUCGGAGGAUUAAAAAUACUUAUAGAUUAAAUAAAGACAGCAGCCUGUGAUGUACAGAUUAC